AUGACAGAUGCACCAAGUGUGACUAAGAAGCUUUGGGGCGGUCGCUUUCGAGGCGAUGUGGACCCCGUAAUGAGUAAAUUUAAUGAGUCUUUGUCUGUGGACAAACGCAUGUGGCGCGUUGAUCUGGACGGAAGUCAGGCUUACGCGCGCGCCUUGGGAAAGAGCGGUGUGCUGACGACAAAUGAGGCAGACGAGAUCAUAGCUGGCUUGGACAAAGUUGGUGAAGAGUGGGCGGCUGGCACUUUCGAGUCGAAGGAUGGAGACGAAGAUAUACAUACGGCCAACGAACGCCGUCUCACUGAGCUUAUCGGUGCCGUGGGCGGCAAGUUGCACACGGGCCGCAGUCGAAACGACCAGGUGGCGACAGAUGUGCGUCUGUAUCUGAAGCGCACGAUCGUUGAUAUCCAGUGCGGCCUAAAGGAGCUCAUCGGUACAGCUAACCAACUGGCUGAGAACAACAUUGACCUGCUUAUGCCUGGCUUCACGCAUCUGCAGCCGGCUCAGCCACUGCGAUUCUCGCACUGGGUUUUAAGCCAUUGCGCCGCACUGCUUCGUGAUGCAGAUCGUCUAAACGAUCUUACUAAGCGCGUUGAUUAUAUGCCUCUCGGCAAUGGUGCACUCGCCGGCAACUCGUUUAGUCUGGACCGGGAAGCUUUGGCUAAAUCUCUUGGCUUUGCCAACGUAACACCCAACAGCAUAGACGGGGUGUGCGACCGCGACUUUAUCGCUGAGUUCCUGUUUUGGGCUUCUUUGUUUAUGGUUCAUCUUUCACAAUUAUCAGAGGAUCUCAUUAUCUACAACACUCUUAAGUUUGUGACCAUGGCCGAUGCCUAUAGCACGGGUAGUUCGCUAAUGCCGCAGAAGAAAAAUCCAGAUGCGCUCGAGCUGCUAAGAGGCAAAAGUGGCACUGUAUUGGGUCGUCUGAAUGGUUUUCUUGUCACUCUCAAGGGCCUGCCACGCUCGUACAACAAGGAUUUACAGGAGGACAAGACGGCACUGUUCGACGUCGUGGACAUCAUCACAGACUGCCUGCAGAUUGCUACCGGUGUGUUAGCCACUAUGACCCCGCAAGGCGACAAGAUGCGAAGCUUUCUCGUCACAGAGAUGCUGGCCACAGAUUUGGCCGAAUAUCUAGUGCGCAAAGGAGUUCCUUUUCGCGAGACUCAUCACGUUGCGGGAGCUGCCGUGCGUUUGGCCGAGGACAAGAACGUGCCACUGUCUGCCCUAACAUUCAAGGAGCUGUCCACCCUUCACCCCAAAUUCGAGGAGGAUGUAUUGGAAGUCUGGGACUUUGACGCUAGCGUCGAGCGCAAGAACGUUACAGGUGGAACCAGCAAGAGCGCUGUGCUGAAACAAAUUGCUGAUAUUAAAGCACGGCUCGCUUGA